AGGAAGUCGGCAGCAGGUGCCACAGGAAGUGUGUGCGGUUCAUCCUUUGCCUGCAGAAUAAGGGGGAGCUAACGGUAUUUAAUUACAACAAAUCGCUCAAUAAUCCCAACGAAAGAAAAAUAACAUAUAAAAUUGUCUGAUGUCUUCAGCUGAGAUGAGCGCUGCGGUACCCAACCAUCGGAGGACCAAGCCCGGUGGGAUAAAGACCGGGGUUGUGACCAGCGGCGUGACUGGGCCGACCUCCCAGAUCCCCGGUCUGUCCCAGACUGCAGAUGAAACGUCUCCAGUGGAGAGGAUCAGCGGACGGCGAGUUGGGAUCUUUGAGUCAGACUCGGAGUAUGUCAAGCUGGCAAAGGGAGGAGGGCACAAAGGGCUGUUGAGUCAUGAUGCUGAUUCUGAUGACCAACCCAAGAAGCCGUACAACCCACCCAACUGGUUCGGAGGUGAUGAGUCAAAGAGCGGAAGCAAAGCGAUGUCUCCUGAUGGCGUGACGAAGGCGGCCAUGCGGCCUCUGAACGCCCCGUUUGGCACUGAUAACUGUUCGUCCUGGGAAAGAGACGAUAGAGUUUCCCCCUCUAAUGAGAAGAUGUCUCCUGAUGGCGUCGCCAGUCAGCUUGAGGGUCUCGUUGUGACCAACAAAUACAAGAGAACGUCUUAUGAGAAGAAGGCUCCUCCAGUCAGCAUGUCCAAGCUGCUGAGUCAUGGCUACGUUGAGGAGAAGAAGAAGUCUCCCACUGACGACGAUGCCUCAAGUGUGACCUCAGAUCAGACCAGCACCGUCGCGACGGAGGACGUGGACGACCUGGAGUAGAGUGCACAGGUGCUGGUCUUGAGGGAAAGGGGGUCAUCCUAACACUGGUUCAUGGUUUCCACAAGAUCCACGAACACACCACUCCGCCCCUCUCGGAUUCACUCGCGUUUAUUGUACAUCCACUGACUGUUAGGUUUUGUACUCAUGUUUAUGCAACGGUACUGUCCUCUCUAUUUAUUUGCUUUGAUUUGUAAAGAAGAAUCCACACAGAUUUUGUUGAGUAGACGUGUCGGUGCUCGCGGUAUCCUUUAUUUCUGUAUUGUCGUUUCUCGAUUUGAAAGACGAGUUGUGCACGGGGCAGGAAACUAACUCAGUUUGGAUGCAAACCGGAGACCUGUUAGUUUCCCUCCCUGGUUGUAUGAAGAUCGAGGUAGUGAAUUUAAAGUGUUUGUGCUUAAUGAAAUGUGGUUCCAGUGACGUGAAAUAUUAUUUGUUUCGAUUAAGGGCUCCUGCUCUCUGAAGGGAAUUUGGAGGUCUGUGUGUUUUCAGCUGUGGGGGUGGAAACGAUCAUUCGUUGAGACAGCCACCCUGCAGCUGUGACCACAUGCCAAAGUGCAUACUGAUGGCCACGGCCGCCAGAAAGGGCCAACAAUGAUUUUUUUUAGGUUGAUGCUCUGCAAAAGGUUGCUCUUCCCUCCUGUCCCCUCCGUAAUUGGGUCCCUAAAAUCAAGAAACAUCCCUCUUUUACUGUGCAAGCUGCAUUCUUGUGCGAUAAUCAGGAUAAAAGCCCAUUCACAAGCCUGAUAUUAAAGAACUAAAUUAACUCAUGGGAUGCUUACAAGUCUCCAGAAGAUUUGAAUACUAUCAGGUGCUGCAAGAUCAAUUUUGUUGUCACUGUUUAUUAGGAAGCUCACCAGGAAAUCGGUGCCAAGUGUUUGAUGCCAGUCCAAAUGUGUCAGAAGCUUGCCAAUGAUAGAACUGAACUGGGUUUAUUCUGCAUGCUAAAGCCGUUCAGUGUUAUCUUAUUGCAUUCUCACUCAGCCUAAUAAACCCCAAACUCAUGCAGCAACAGAUAAAGUAUUCUGGGACAUUUUAGGAGGGGGGGGUGGCCACCUUCAGCAGACUGCCAAGCUGAGAGUCAAGUCCAGCGUAAUUCCCUGUGAAGAUUAACGCAGACGAGUUUUUAAAAAGUGAGUUCUGAACGUGCCAACCAAGCAGUUUUUCCCUGCUCACGCAGUGUUUUGACUUUGUAGACAUCAGUAGGAGAAGUUAGUGUUAGUGCACUGCCUGAUCACACCGAACCCUCCAACUCAUGACGUGUUUACCCAGCGGAUGGGAGUUUACUCUGCUCAGAUGAGAGACGUGGUUACUGCUGCAACAUUUUUGUGCCAGAAAACUUUACUGUCACAGACCUUUAGUCCUAUACGUAGGAACAAGAGCUUGCCACGAGGUUUUGCCCAAUGUCUACCAAGACAUUCUUACAUUUUACUCAGUGAAAUAAUCUUACCUGUUUAAAAAGUUCAUUUUAUGUGCGUAAAUUCCUCAAUACUUCCAGCAGCAAUUGAGAAAUGUGGAAUUAACAACCACCAAAUUGACUGAAAUAGAAACAUGUAUUAUCAUGUGUCGUCAUUUGCUGAUUCAUACUGUUUCCUUGUCUCUAGACCCCAAUCGUCAUGUCAGCAUCGCGCUCGCGUGAUGUCAGCGUUCACACAACACUGAAGCCACUGUCUAUAGUGUCAAUCAUCAAAGGAGCAGCCAAGCUUUCAGUCCAGUGUGCAAUUUUUCACCCUUUAGGUCACUGCUUUCUUCGAGCCCCGACCGAUGGCUGUCCCUAAUUAUUGUGACACUGGAUAAGGAUCUCACACCAGACAUAAUCCUGUUUGCUCUGAUAAAGUUUGAAAAGAUCAAAAGAACUUUAUUUGUAUACCACUUUUCAAAACGCUUAACACAUUGAGAUCAGGAUAACACAAUUCAGAAUCAAAAAAUAAAUAGCGUAAAGCAAAUCUAGUAGCUACUUGCACACUUUACCAGCAUUCAGCUGGUGCUAAUUUCCAACCCUGGUGUUUGGCAUAUUGUCAAAAUAUAGACGUGAGCGUGCACAGAAAAACACUAAAUCCAGUUUACUAAAAAAAAAGCCUUUUAGGACAUUCAAAGUCAUAAAUUUGCCUUGCCUUUUGUCGGCAGUAAUGUCAGAAAAUAUUUCUGUAUCUGUUUGUGUCGGAACAUUUUUUUUGACACCUACAAACUGAAAGUGUGAUUGAUUUGACAGGAUGUUCAUUCCUUUUUUUGAGGAGUUGUAGAAAACACUAGCCCCUUUUACACUGCCUGUUCAAGGCGGGAACAUCGUGCCGUGAUGCCGCCUCGGCGUUCUGUAUAUAAGGUGCGACAGCGGAAAGAGGGGGGCAGAGUCGUCUCGCCUUUAAGUCGCCACGGGAGGUAGUAAGAGCGCCGAAAUGAUGUCUGUAUAAACAGGACAGCCUGCAAGAUGGGUUCAAGGGCAGCACGGGUGUGACAUUUUGACGAUGUGUUCACUGUGCGGCCCACCUGGAGAUUUAAAAAGUUGCUGUUAGCAGUUAGAAGCUAACUCAAAGAAGAACAGCAGCUGUAAAUUGGGAAGACAGUAAGAUUCGGGAGCUCCUUACCCUCUGAGCAGAGGACGAGAUCAGGCGCCAAUAAUCAACACAUUCUCACUCCAGCCUCGUCACAUGUCAACAUUUGGUCAUGGACUUUCCAUUUCCAGAUAAAAUGUGAAAGGGUGCGUUGGUUGUUGAUGUUCUGGGACUCCAUGUGCAGUUCAGCCUGUUACAUGCAUUGUCUUCUUUCAAAAUCAGCGCACUACAUCGGUAAAACACUACAAAUCUGCGUUUAUUUGCCUUCAACAACUAUGGUUGGGUUUAAGUGUUUGACCCAUUCACCACCCCUCCUGCCCACCCUACUCGGACGUUCGUCGCCUUAACUUUCAUUCGUGUCCCGCCACGUUUCCCCCUGACGCCGCCGAGCGUGCCAAUGGUAAAGGACAGCUUUUUCGUCAGUGUCUGACACUCAUGGGUUACAUGUCACUCCCAUCAUGUGUCUUUUGAGUGACAUAAUGCCGCUGUCGUUUGAUUCUGUGUAAAAAUGAAAAGGAGGCGUGAAGAAGGGACUUCGUAGCGGCCUGUUGUGUGAUCUCUGUAUAGAAAGGGCUACUGUCACUUUCCCUAGCUACAGGAACUAGGGAAGCUCAUCGUCUCAUAAUGGGCAAAUGUCAAUUUUAGCAAGAACUUAAUUAAGCUCAGUUACUAAUCGGUUAAUAUAUCAGUUGUCCGGGUCCAGGUUGCAUUAAUUGAAUUGGUUAUGUCAUUAGGAUUUACUGUUAUAUACUGCUGGGAACCACUGAAAAGAUUUCUAGGCCACAUUGUCCCAACUAAAACGGGUAUUAAAUUCCAAUUUAUGUGGUGAUAACAAGGUCUUAAAACAUCUUAAAUUUAACUAGGAGAACUGUGGAGCAACACAGACAGAAGAAAUGUGGCAUGAAGGUUUAGUUUGGACGGCGCUCACACAGUUGGCCUCCUAAACCCCAGCAGACAAUAGAAACAACUCCACCUCUUCGUCCUCUGUUUGUUUGCAGAAUUAGUUUGACUGUCAGGACGUCUCAAAACCAGGUAAUGGAUUUCUGUGACACUUGAUGGACAGUUCAGCCUUAAGUCAUUUAACAGUUCUAAUUUCUUAGCCGUGAGCGUGAACCUGACGGUGACAGUAAAAUCCUAAUCCUACAGGGACAUUUGUCGGGCGGAGAAAAUGCUCUUAAAAAUGAAAAGGACAGGAAUGAUUUAUUUGGGUGUAACGGCGAGAUUAAAGCUCCGAGUUUGUCCUAGUAAAUCCAACACAUUCAUCACCUGCGUCUCAGAAAUGAUGCAGCAGCAGCAGACUCUCAUUGGAAAAGAAUUUACUCUUACAAGAGAUGUGUCAUGUUCAACACAGGUUUAGGCUUGUCACUUUUUUUUCCAGCACAAUAUAUUUAAGCAAUGAUGCAUUAUUUAUCUGUUACGUGGUAUUAAAAAGUGUUGUUCCGAAAACUAGACGCACUGGAUUUUAUUUUGCAGUAGACAGAAUAGCGAAUGUAUCAUCUUUUUGUUUUUGCUUCAAAUGACGGGUUUAUUUUUAUGAUAAAUAUUCAGGGUACAGUAUUUACAGUUAAAAAUAGUGUUUCGUCAAGUUGCAUCCUCUUCUCCCAGUGCGAGUUGGUGACAUAUCCGUUUACAAACAAAUAGCGGGAACCUUUAGUGGCUUAACUUUGCAAAAGUCCUCCCUGCGGUCUUGUCAUCUUGCUUUUUGAUCUGCAAGUGGUAUGCGUUCAUUUUUACAUGCGAGUGUACCAGAAGAGACUGAAGAAGGCAGCUUUUCAACAGAAGAUCCCCCAAGUGUUUGUGUUGUGAGGAGAAAUCCACCUGACACGACUCAAUGUAACGACCCCGCUUAUCUUGAUGACUGCACACAGACUCUUAAUUAUCAUUUCAAUAAAUGGGCAUGUGCAUG